AUGACUUCAAAUUUUCUCUCUCUCUCGCUCUCUCAUCUUCCCCCUCUGUUUGUCACUCUGACGUUCUCUCCCCAUGUUUCUCUCUCUGAUGUAUUCCCCGUUUUCUUUUUCUCUCUUUCCCUCUGUUUUUUUUCCUGUCUCUCUCUCCGAGGUCUUCCUCUGUUUUUUUUCCUGUCUCUCUCUCCGAUUCUUCCUCUUUUUUUCUGUCUCUCUUCUGUACUUUUUUUUCCUGUCUCUCUCUCCCAGGUCUUCCUCUGUUUUUUCCUGUCUCUCUCUCUCAUUUGUCUUCCUCUGUUUUUUUUUUUUCCUGUCUCUCUCUCUCCGAAGAUCUUCCUUGUUUUUUUUUCCUGUCUCUCUCUGAGGUCUUCCUCUGUUUUUUCCUGUCUCUCUCUCUCCAGGUCUUCCUCUUUUUUUUCCUCUCUCUCUCCGAGGUCUUCCUCUGUUUUUUUUCCUGUCUCUCUCUCUCCGAGGUCUUCCUCUGUUUUUUUUCCUGUCUCUCUCUCUCCGAGGUCUUCCUCUGUUUUUUUUCCUGUCUCUCUCUCUCCGAGGUCUUCCUCUGUUUUUUUUCCUGUCUCUCUCUCCGAGGUCUUCCUCUGUUUUUCCUGUCUCUCUCUCUCCGAAGGUCUUCCUCUGUUUUUUUUCUGUCUUCUCCCGAGGUCUUCCUCUGUUUUUUUUCUCUCUCUCUCCGAGGUCUUCCUCUGUUUUUUUCCUGUCUCUCUCUCUCCGGGGUCUUCCUCUGUUUUUUUCCUGUCUCUCUCUCUCCGGGUCUUCCUCUGUUUUUUUCCUGUCUCUCUCUCUGAGGUCUUCCUCUGUUUUUUUUCCUGUCUCUCUCUCCGAGGUCUUCCUCUGUUUUUUUUCCUGUCUCUCUCUCCGAGGUCUUCCUCUGUUUUUUUCCUGUCUCUCUCUCUCCUGUCUCUCUCUCCUUGUUUUCCUCUUUUUUUUCCUGUCUCUCUCUCUCUUUCUUCCUUGUUUUUUUUGUCUCUCUCUCUCCAGGUCUUCUCUGUUUUUUUCCUGUCUCUCUCUCUCCAUUCUUCCUCUGUUUUUUCCUGUCUCUCUCUCCGAGGUCUUCCUCUGUUUUUUGUCUCUCUCUCUCCGAGGUCUUCCUCUGUUUUUCCUGUCUCUCUCUCUCCCAGGUCUUCCUCUGUUUUUUUCCUGUCUCUCUCUCGAGGUCUUCCUCUGUUUUUUUCUGUCUCUCUCUCCGAGGUCUUCCUCUGUUUUUUUGUCUGUCUCUCCGAGGUCUUCCUCUGUUUUUUUUCUGUCUCUCUUUGCCGUCUUCCUCCCAAUCUGUCUUCCCCCAUCUCUUACUGUUUCCCUCUCUAUCUCUACUCUUCCCUCCUCCUCCCCCAUACUCUCUCCCUCUCUCUCUCCAUUUGUUCUUCCUCACUCACUCUCCUCUUUACACUUUCGUUUUUUUGUCAUUUCAUAUUUGUUCCCUUUUGCAAUUUCUUUUGUCUCAAUUUUGUUUUUCUCUCCUCCUCUUGCCUUGUCACUUCUUCUUUGUCCUUUUCACUCACCUUUUUUUUUUUUUUUAUCCUUUCUUUUCUAUUUCCUUAUCUCAGUUUUUGUUUUCUCUAUCUUUGUUGUUUUUUCUUUCUUUGUUUUCUCCUCUUCACAUAA